CAGGUUUCGGAGCAGUGUUUUGAAACACCUACGCUUCGGAAACUCGACACAGUGUCGCAACUUCGGUGUCGCGCUUCUCAUCCCUACUGAGAAGAGAAGCUCCAUGAGGUCGCUGUACUAAAUUUAUGUUUAUUCACACAGUGUCCAGCACAUUCGCCGUGUGUUCUUCAGUCACAGAAAAAUGGAGGAGACGCCGACAAAGACAGUGGAAAAUAACGAGAAAGAGAAGGUAGAUGGUGAAGUAGUGUGCCUUCGGAGGAAGAUUGGGCUGCUGCCUGCUGUGUCCUUCAUCAUUGGGACUGUGGUGGGCAGUGGGAUUUUCAUUGCACCAAAAGGAGUCCUGAUAAACAGCGGCAGUGUGGGACUGUCUCUGCUGGUGUGGGUACUGUGUGGCGUCCUCUCUCUGUUCGGAGCCCUGUGUUAUGCUGAACUGGGCACCGCUUUUACAAAAUCAGGGGCUCACUACACUUAUCUGCUGGAGACUUUGGGGCCCCUGCCUGCUUUCCUACGACUCUGGGCUGAGUUCUUAUUCAUCAGACCAGCUGCUGCUUCUUAUAUGUCCCUGGCCUUUGGUCGUUAUGUGGUGGAGGCGUUCUUUACACCUUGUGUUGCUCCCACAGUGCUGGUCAAACUCGUCAGUAUCCUCGCAGUGACCUUUGUUGUAGCUGUCAAUUGCUGGAGUGUGAACAUGGCCUCUCGCACUCAGGUCACUUUGACUUUCAUUAAGAUGAUUGCCCUGGUCCUCAUCAUCAUCCCUGGUGUCAUUGCACUGGCCAAGGGGAAGACAGAAAAUUUUCAGAAUGGUUUUGAGGUUGACUUAUUAACAUUGGAUAGGCUGCCACUGGCCUUUUAUAAUGGCCUGUAUGCCUAUGGUGGAUGGUUUAAUUUGAACUUCAUCACAGAAGAAGUCAUAAACCCAAACAGAAACAUGCCACUGGCAAUAAUCUUCUCCAUGGUGACAGUGACAGUCUUUUAUGUGCUUGUUAAUGUGGCCUACUACACCGUGAUGACUCCUGCUGAGGUGCUUCUGUCAGAUGCUGUGGCUGUGACAUUUGCCAGUCGUGCUCUUCAGGGACUGGCUCCUGUGAUCCCUGUUCUUGUUGCCAUAUCUUGCCUUGGAUCACUGAAUGGUGGCUUUUUUGGGGCACCUCGGAUGCUGUUUGUAGGAGCCAGAGAGGGCCACUGGCCAGCAAUCUUUUCCAUGAUUCACAUCCGCAGACAUACACCUUUACCGGCUGUGCUGUUACUGUACCCCUUGGUGGUGUUGAUGUUAAUCACUGGAGAGAUUUACCAGAUCCUCAACUUCUCCUCCUUUGCACGCUGGUUCUUCAUCGCCUUGGCAGCCGUAGGGUUGCUUGUACAUCGAUAUCGUUUUCCUCUCCACCCAAGACCUUUUAAGGUGCCCUUGGUCAUUCCAAUCACCUUCACGGUGGUCUGCUUCUUCAUCGUGGGUCUGUCGCUUUACUCGGACCCCUGGAACACAGGGAAAAGUUGUGCUAUAACACUGACUGGGGUCCCAGUUUACUAUGUGACCGUCUACCGCUUUCGCUUGCCCCAUAGAUGGAGGCGCAUAUUCAACUACUGCACCAAACAGCUGCAGAUCCUUCUAGAAGUGGCUCAACAGGAAGUCCAGACGUACUGAAGACCCAAAAACAUCCUGCAUUGUACUUACAGAAUACAUGGAUACCACCUUGACAAGAUGUUUUCAGCAGUUUAAAAAAUGUUUGAACCAUUCAUUUGUGUACAACUUUUAUAUUGUUUUCAUACUUGCAAGAUAGCCUAGUGUUUAUAGAAAAUAUUUGCAACAAUUAUGCAGGUAUAGCUUUGCUUGUAGAGCUUUUGUAAGAAAAUCCCUGGUAUAAAGAGCACUGAGCAGUAUGAAUAUGUUAGUUUAAGUGAAUGAAAAAGUAAGCCAAACAGGGCGAGAAACAUCAAAUGGUAACUAAAAUCAAAAGCUGUAAACUGUUUAACAGUGUUUUAUAUUUUUUUUCUUACAUUGGAGCUGGAACCACUGAGCAGGAAAGCAGCUGCAACAGAAAAUGAACCAAAAUGCUUCUGAGCUCAUUCAAAAAGAGGUCAGAUAAGUCUCCAGUAUGCAGUUUUUAAAUGACAGCAUCAAUUGGCCCUUCUGUGAAAAUUUUCUGGUACAGUGAUCAUAAUACUUGUGAAUAUUUGAAUCAAACUGACAUACAGUAAAUUUCUGAAGCACUAGCACCAGCAAUAUGCCGGCGUGAUUUCUCCUCAUUUCUCCUUAAGCCAAAAGCGUCACUCUUUGACAAGAGAAACUGGUCUUCAACAUGGUCUUCUCUGUUUGGUCUGCAUAUAGGAUGGUUUAAAUUGUGUCAGACCUAGAUUUACAUCUGCUUUGCCACUUCGAUUUGGGCUUUCUCACCUAGUGUUUACAAAAAAUUUUUUAAAAAGUGACCCUGCCUGGCUAUAAAAUGUGUUUUGGCUAUCUGGCUACUUCAACAGAGGGAUGAACUCAGACCAGCUGAUGUUUGCCAUGUCGAGGUCAUCAUCAUCCAGACCAGAGAAGCUAAUGUCCACCAAUAUCUUGCUCAGGCUGUCGUUCAUGGUAUCCAGGACAAGGCCCUCUGUGACUGAGCGGUUGGCUGGCGUGGUGCCUCCUGCCUGCAGCAGCUCUCUGAAACAGCUACUUCUGAGGCAUUCGCUGGGCAACUCUGCUGGUCUGGUCACUCUGGAGGGAGCGGAUGUGAGCAGCUCUCUUGGGGAGUUAAACAGAAGCAAGUCUUUAAAGGGAGUGCUGCUGAAGCUGAAGGUGGAGUAGUCGUGUCGUGGGUUGACUGUGGGACCACCUGGUGUACGAAUAGGGCUGAAGUCCAGAAUAUUUUGGCUACCUUUGGCCACUGGUGUGACUUUCCAAGACUCAAGUGCACCAUUAGAAGGGGGCUUGCUGGGGGUGGAUGAGGUCAAAUGGCUGUUACUUUUUAUUGGGGUUUUGAAAGAGAACUCCCUGUCAGGGCUUUCCUGCCCGUGCUUGUGGCCGUCCAGCAUAGCUACCUUAGGAGCUAUGCGGACUCUCUUGGCUCCUCGUGAAUUGUUCUGUUUCUGCUGGGAGCAGGUCGGGGGAAAGGGAGCAGACGAGGACGGCAGAUAGACCGAAGGGGUGACGGGGAGCUGUAUGGGCACCAAGUAGGAUUCUGUUCGCGGAAGAAGAGGUUUCAAGAUCAAAGAUGGCAUUUGGCUUCUUUUCUUCCUGCUCUCGGUGGGGACGGACGCCUUUUUUGUCUUCUCCCCAGCCUUCCCUAUCUACCCCUGCUUUUUGCUGCUUCGCUGCUUAGAGCAUCUCUUCACACAUCGCCGAACUGGAAAUUAAAUCAUGGAUCUGGUCAGCUGGUCUCUCAACACU